AUGGCCCACCACUUCGCGCAGCCCAACCCCUACGCGGCUCUGCCCGCCCUCGACGGUGCCGAAGAGAAGCUCAGGAAGGAGAGGCGAGCGGCACCGACGGCGGGGAGAGGAGGGCACAAGAAGCCCAGUGCCGCCACGAAGAAGCCCAGCACCACCAAGCAGAAGAAGGCUCCCGGCACACCGAAGACAAAGGUCACCUCGGGUGCUCCUCCUCCGGGCCUGGGCCACCCGACCACAGCUGUGACUGCGGCCGCUCCUCCCCCCAAGGCCGCCCCCGCCACCUCCCCGCGCGCCUCCGGAGCCCCGCAGGCCACGUCAGCCGCCGCUGGCACCCACGCUGUCGUCGCACCCGGCCACAGCGCCGCGAGACCCGAGUCGACCGCUCCCCAUGGUGCGGGCGAGGCGCUGCUGCAGGGUCUGUCGCUCGAGGAGCAGCAGGUACUGGCCUUCGUGCGGCGACACCACGUCGACGUGGCCAUGCUCGAAGGGCUCUACACGGCCCGGCCCGCCUAUCUCAAGGUCCGAGCGCGCAGCGGGGCCAUCCGCCACAUGGCCGGCCCCCUGCGCUGCCAGCUCUCCACCAUGCUGCCCGCCAGUGGAGGUGACGUCACCACCACCAAUAGCAGCGGCGGCAGCUUAACGACGACCAGGCAGCAGUGCAAGGUCAGCUUCCUGCGCAACCUGAGCUCGAUCGAGGAGCGGGCCGAGCAGAAGCGCGGCGGCCCGGCGGCGGUGAGCCACGACUGCCUGGUCUCGGCGCUCGUGCGGCAGAACCGCGACGAGACAGUCCACGGCGGUGGUGUCUACGAGACCAACUACGACUGCGAGGUCGACCUGGCCGUCGCGCUCCAAGGCGGCCUGGGUCCGCGGCUCCUACAACAGCUCGCGCGUGCCAAGGCGGUGAGCGCAGGCGACGGCCAGGUGCCGGCCAAGGUGUGGCAGAAGCUGGAUGUGGGGGGCUACACGCUGCGCUAUGCCCCCGGCGACGCGCGGCGAAAGACCUACGACGUGCUCGUGUUCGAGUGGCUCGAGGGCGAGGUCAAGUACAGCGUCGACUUCCAUGUCGUGCCCGAAGGAGGGGAGACGUACGAGUUGGAGACGCUGGGGGCGCAAGCGGAGGCGCGCUUGGCCGAAUUGAGGAUGCACUACCAGGCGUUCGACAGGGCGACCAAGGCGUGCGACUUCCACGGUCGGAUCUGGCGAUACGCCGACUUCGUCGAGUUCUGCUCGCACCAGCUCGUCGAAGCAAUCUGGCCCACGGGCAGCAGCCGCUUCGACUGCUUUGUAGUCUGA